AUUUGUAUGUUUUCUGAAAAAAAUAUUUUGUUCUUGUUCUUGUUCUUGCUACAUGCAUAUCAACAUAGAAUUUGAUCAAUUUCCUGUUUUCACAGACAAUGUACACAGAAAUUGACAGUUACACUCCCUCUGGAACCCCCUAUGAUGAAUUCUACUGCGGGUCAGAGGACAAGCAAUCUGACCUUUCGAGGUCACCGCUUGGUGUUAACAUCAACGCUUACCCCAUGGCAACCAUAGAGUUUGAACCUUUGCCGAGUGUUUUCUCGUUUCCUCCAUGCACACCUACGAUAAAAGAAUUUUCAGUUUUUAAAGAAAAGUCCCAAGACAUCGCAGAUGCCCUCUUAUCUCUGAAAAAUGCAGUGGUCAGGCCCGGAUACAGCGGUCAGUUAUCUCCGAUAUCCUCCACAAUGCAUUUGGGACCUGGCAACGGCAACAAUCCAGUCCAACCCACAGUGACGUAUCAUAACGGCCCAUUUCAUCCGGGAGUUUACCCUCAACAAAAUUCAAAUCAGUUUACUAUGCAGCAAUAUCCGGGCACUGACUCACAACAGAACAACAUGUUUCCUGCUAUGAGUGUAAACGUUAGCAUGAGUAUGAAUGUUGGUGUUCCUCAUGGCGUUCCUCAUAACAUGGGCAACAACCAGUAUUCGGUCCAGCAGUGGUCUGGCAACCCCGCCCCGCCUAGAUCCGCCACGCCACCUCCUUACCAAUAUAAUCAGUACAGUCUCCCACCAGUGUCACCUCAGUAUAACACUUCGUCUGCGAACCAGUAUGCCAAUCCAUACUCUCUCAGUCACGAAAUGAGACCCUUCCCACCCCCCGAUACAAGGAAUUUUAUAUACAGGCCAACAGAGAAUUAUAAGGAAGCCGCUCGUCUUUGUGCCGUUACGCAGUGGAAACGGGCUAAAUUUCUUGGAAAUCGUCACAGUAACAUACAAUGUGAAUCCAACAAAGUUAACUUGUGUCGAAUUUGUGGGAAAACUUAUGCUCGACCGAGUACCUUGAAAACGCAUCUACGAACACAUUCUGGGGAAAAACCCUACAAAUGUCCUACUUGUAGUAAAUCCUUCUCACAAGCAGCAAAUCUGACGGCUCACACACGCACACACAGUGGCGAAAAGCCUUUCCACUGUCCUAUGUGUGACCGGAGAUUCUCCCAAAGUUCUUCUGUAACAACGCACAUGCGCACACACAGCGGAGAACGUCCGUAUAGAUGUAGGUUAUGCAAAAAAGCUUUUUCGGACAGUUCUACUUUAACAAAGCAUCUGAGAAUUCAUUCCGGUGAGAAACCUUAUCAGUGUAAACUGUGUCUGUUGCGCUUUUCGCAAUCCGGUAACCUUAACCGGCACAUGCGCGUUCACACUAGCAACGUCUGACACUCGUAGACACGUCAACAAAUGUGACAAAAUCUCAAUGUUUUCCUCAAGCCCGAAAUACUGAUGUAUGCUUCUGUGUUGUACCAAA